AUGCGCACUGCGGCAGCGUUAAUACCUUCACCCCAGUUCUCAGUAGCAGCUGCUGCAACAGUAGGUGCGCAUGCAGCAGCUGCGGCGGCAGCAGCUGCCAAAAAAAGCCUAGGGAACUGGUGCUGCAGCCGAUGGACAGCUCGGGGGAACGCCUCCCGACCUGGACGUAUCGCUGAGCAGUGUCGAGGGUGUCGUAGAGCGACAGCACCGUCACCACUAAGAACAGCCGCAGCUGCUGCUAGAGCGGCGGAAGGGCCUUCCAGAAGGCCUCUACUGUCUCCUGAGUGUUUCGGGGCCUCCAAACCCUCCUUGUCUACCUUGUCUGCACUGGCGAUGCUGGGCAGGCGGAAAAAGCCAGCAGGGGGGACUGCCCUUUCCUCGGGCACUGCUUCAGGGGGAGGGAGUGUUUCUGGAGGCUCAAGGGCGCGUUGGAGGGAAGAGUUGGACGGGGGAGAUGCAGCGGUGUUGCCAGCUUUGAGCGAGGAGGACUUGCGGCUGCUGCAGGAAGACGAGGAGCAGCAGCAACCGCAGCAGCAACCGCCCCAGCAGGGGGACGCUGCCUGCGAGGACUCGCAGCAGCAGUCGCAGCAACAACGGCCAAAGAAGAGGCGGCGGUUCGAGUGGAUGGACUCAGAUGAUGAGAGCGUCACGGCGAGCAGCAGCAGCGGCAGCGAGCAGGAGGAGGAAGCGCCGAAGGAGGACGGCAAACCGGAGCAGCAAACACAGCAGAAUGAAGUGGAACGGGAGUCCUCCGACAUGUCUCGCAGCCCCUCACCCGAGUCUUCGAGUGCGGACCCUAUCUCCCCCGUAGCAGUGGCACAUACUGCACAGAGGGGACUGGACUUGUGCUCUAGAGGCAGAGACAGCAGCAGCAGCGUGAGCAGCGCCUCUCCGGGGGGCCCUGCGCAGGCGCACGGCCCCCGCAGCUCGAGCUGCGGCAGCAACAGCAGCGGCAACAGCAACAGCAAUCCGGCUCUUUCUGCAGCGUCUACUCUGGAUGACCUCACUCCAGAGCAACAGACGGCAGUUGAUUGCCUGCUCCUCACGAAUCUUCCCUUCGAGGUGUGCAUACCCUCCGUGCGGUCCUGGGUGGAAACCACUGCAAACACCAAAGUUAGGGCCAUUGAAGCAGCGCCCUUCCUGCCUCCAGGAGCUCCUCACCACGGGUCGAAUGCCACUUUGCCGGGGGUGCCUGCUGGUCCCCUGCACUACCAGAGCACCCGCUGCAGUGGUGGGGGGGCCCCUCACUUUUUUGGAGGGCCCUCGGGGCGAGCUAGAGAGCACUACGGGAAGGUGUUUGUGCAACUGGAGGGCUCUUCGCUUGUACGUGGGGCUAUAGGGGCCCUUGAGGGGGCCCCUCCUUUGCAAGGACGCCGUGUGUCGGUGUUCCUCGCCUACAGAGUUGGUGGCCGAUUCUGUCCUCUUCAAACAAAGGCCCAGAUACGCUUCUUCGGGAAACAGCAAAUGUGGAAACACAGAGAUAGGGAGCAAGAAAGAGAAAAGAAAUUUAAGCCUCUUGAUGGCGGCUGCAGCUUCUCGUGCGCGUGUGCGCUGAUGGCUCAUGGUACUGCGGACCAUGAAAGACUUGCGUCGCUAGCUAGCUGGCAAGCAAGCUGGCUGAAGCCAGCUAAAGGCAUUGCUGUUAUCACACGUCCUGCCUUCGCGUGUGGGGUCUUGGAAGCAGGGGCAGUAGCAGCAGUUGCUGUCCCUGCCCCUGUCGAUGCCAAGAUUCCUUCGCAGGGGAUCCUCUUUGGAGCUCGAAUAAGGUAG